UGAAAGGCCGAUAAAAUGUAUAUUUAUCACAUCUGGGAAUGCUCUAUAAAGAAUUUUUUGUUAGAUAUGUCGGUAAAAUAACUUGGGAAGUUUUCGAAAGAAAAAAUAUUUAAUCUCUUAUGAGUUACAUUCCAUUGUAUUAUCCAGUGGAAUAGCCCACGUUCGAUAUAUCAAAAUUCUAACAUGACUCGAAGGCUUUCUGGUCACGUUUCUACAUUUGGUUGUUUUCUUUGUACUCAAGUCUCUUCUGGGAAUUGCGAGACAAUGGAGUCGUGAGAAAUUUGCAAUUUUGACCCUAAAGCCUCGGAGUCAUGUUAGGAAACACGUUAUAGCUUCUUACAUUAAUUGCUUUGGUUCGACAUAAAGGGGAAGAAAUGUACCGUGAAACAAAGUAUUUAUGGUCUUCUGGCGGUUUAAUAUUGUGGAGAUAACUCAAGGAAUGACGGUGGGGGAAUGAACUUUUUGAAGAAAAUUGCAAAUACAAUAAACGCAAGUUUAAGUUACGUCCUGUUGAAAGGAUAGACGAAAAUCGAAAAUGUCUCAUGUUUGUAAAAUUAUGAUGGGAUGAAACUAUGUGUACAAGGUAUUUAUUUGUUGCUUACUCAUUCUUUUAUCUUGAAACUGGCCUAUUUUUGAGGACAAUGUUUAGGGGAAUAUGGCGAUAGGAAUCUAGUAUGCAUUAUUUUCUUGUUGUUAUCAAUAGAUUGGUUUGGCCGUUGGGGACAUAGACAAGAUUCAGCAGAAGUCAGUAAUGGCUCGUUACGUCAUGCAGGUAUAAUUAUACAUUUUACUGGUUUGUGACGUCAUGGCGGCCAUGUUGGUGGUCAAUAAAAAAGGGUUUUCUCUCUGAUGGGAACUAAACUCCAUUUUUGAUUGUAUCGACCGCCAACAUCGCCAACUUGUCACGUGUUUCCAAACCAAGAAUAUGUUAAUGAUCGAGUUAUGAUGGUGAUAACGACGCCGAUUAUGUUAACACCGAUGACGAUGACAAUGGUGAUGAUGAUGAUAAUGGUGAUGUUGAUAUUGAUGAUGAUGAUGAUGAUGAUGAUGUUGAAAACGUUACAGUCAAGAAGACUUUUUACAGUUCAUCACGUUUAUUGAUGCCCAGAGGCUCAAUUGUCUUAGCUUUAUGGAUAAGGUGGGCUUCACGUGCUUUCCGGAAAGAAUCACGCCCAUUUUUAAGUUUUUCAAUAGGAAUCAAAGUAACCACACCAUACCACGUGACAUUAUGUAAUUUCCGGUCAUUAUUUUAGUUCAUAUAUAUUUCUGUAACUUCGUGAUAUCUCAAUAAACGUGGUUAAGACUGGUAUUGGCCAGUCGAAAUAUCGCAACUUAACUCAAUUUCACGUUGUUUGAUCAGUCCCUUCAAAAGUCUUCUUGACUGCAACGUUUUCAAUUUGAUCUAUUUUGACUGAUCACGAUCUCUUUGGAUUCGACGUUGAGCGAGAUUGAUCGUACACGGUUUUUGCAGUGGUUUUGUUACCUUAACUAAACAUGAUGAUGACGCUGUUGAUGAUGAUGAUAAUCAUUGUUGUUAUUAUUAUCAUUAUUAUUAUAAUGACCAUGUAGAGGUUAAGCAACCAAGUCAACGACGGUAACAAAAACUUUGACAAAAAGUUGGGUUUAGCAAAACGCUAACGCUAUGCAUCAGUCAAUUCCAGCUGCGCCCAGCACCCCCCCCCGGGCUACUGCGGGGCAUUUGUCCGCCUUGUCAGUCCCGAGGGUGGGGCAUUUGCAAAUUUUGUGCUGCCCGGGGACCGGGCAUUUGCCAACCCCGGGGGCCUUUCCUGAGCUUUUGACACGCACGCGGUUUCCUAUCAGAAAAUAACUACACAGAGGAUUUUACUGGGAAAGAAAGCAGAUUGGCUCAUCUGUCAAGGACAGGAAAAAUUGAAGAGGUUUUUAAAGGCAUGUUCUUGAUUUUAUGCAUGCGUUUCUUCAUUGCUUAUCGAGCCAGAAUUACAUAGCGAAAUCGGGAGCUAUCGACGUGAAUCAACGUUUUUUGGUUAUUGAAUCAAAUUUCUGUUGAUAUUAUUUGAAGAACAUCCUUCCAUAUUUAUAAAACUAUUCAUAACAUAUAACUUGACAGCGCUCUAUUAUUUUAAUGGCAAUAAUUUUACAUCAAUACCAAAAUUAUAAACUGGUGCUUGUCGUUGCGGCGUGAAGUCUUAAUUAGAAUCAUAGCGCUAUUACAAAGGAAGACGUUAACUGAAACAAAAAAUUCACAUUAAAAUGCUUAAAACGGCACUAUUCGACUAUGCGAUCAAUGAAAAAUGUUGUAGUGUUUACGGAGGACGGGGGCAUUUGCCCUCUUUUUUCGUCCCCACCCCGGGGGAUUUGACAGCUCAAGAGUCCCCACCCCGGGAAUUUGCCAUCCAAGUAAAAAAAAAUGCUAAUGCCCGGGGGUCAGCCCGGGGGGGCGCUGGGCGCAGCUGGAAUUAAUUGAUGCAUUAACAUACGACGACAAAUUGUUGUGUUAUUUUUCUUGAGCUCUUUCAUCUUAUUUUAUUUAAGGUUGAGUUGUUGCUGGAGAUUGAAGAAUCGCUACCUAAGUGGAUUUUGAGACGUGUCCAGGUCGAUAAACACGAGGAAUUCCCAAACAGAAGCUCUAAACUACAGACAAAGGUCAGAAACUACAGUACAAAAUUACGUUUUAAAUUUUCGCUACCCUCGUUGCUUUAACACGCCGCCGCCCGCAAAAAGCAAAAUGCUAAUCGAUCGGACGGUAAAAAAAAUCAACUGAGCAAACUUCUGUACACGGUGGUUAACAAGAGACAACGAUUAAUCAGGAAAGGGCAAACAUGAAAUGUUUGUAAUGGUGUGCUUUCUGAUGCUAAUAUAUAUCAUCAAUUUGUUUGUUUAUUGGUUCGGUUUUUCUUUUAGAUCUACGAGAAAUUCAUUGGUUUUGGCAAAGCAGAAAGCAUGGGAGACGAUGAUGGCGUCCCUCCAGCAUUAGCACAGAUUAUUGACAAAGUCUUGGAGCAGGAUUCAAAGUACAGCUGAAUUAUUUUCUCUUUUGCAUUAAUGAAAAUGGGCCCCGGUUCUAAAACAAUGAAUUGGCGGCCAUGUUGGUGUUCCAAACCGAUCCUGUGCUAGUUGAACCUAAUUAUGUAAAAAUGUUGUUUUUUUGUUCCAAUAAAUUUGCGUCGCUGCUGGACACGUGACCGAAAACGCUCUAUACAGGAUCGCCUCAUAUAAGGGAAUCCAAGACAGUCUUGGAUUCUGGAUUCCACACAGUGGAUUCCGGAUUCCAGGUACUUGAUUCCAGUCUUUGUAAGUGGAACUUGGAUUGUGGAUUCCAGUCGUUAGUGGGAUUCCGGACUCCUUGUACUGUAUUCCGGAUUCUAAAGCCCAGGAUUCCAAAUUCCACGUGUACAAUUUUCCCAGAUUUCGGAUCCCGAAAGCAAAAAUUUUCUGGAAUCCGGAAUCCCUUACACGGGGCGAACUGGAGGUGCUAAGUUUUCUCCAGCAGAGGAAGCAGGAAGUAUCUGCGAUAUUCUAAUACGGUUCUAUUUUUUGUGUCAAACACAGAAUUGAUGAGAUUCACGAGAUGCUGAAGGAGCAGUCUAAGGUAGUCAAUGCAAUUGGACAACGUGAGGGCGUGGGAGACGCCGGUGGCCCUGGAAACAGAAAAAGCAUCUUUAACUGGUUCUCGAAGAAAUGAUAGGCGCCUUAUGAGAAUCCAUACGUUUUGUGCUCGUUUUCAACCCAAUUCAGAGACAGCUUUUUCAAACGUAUAUUUUCCUGUUAAGUCUGCUUAACCGCUUGUUAGUUACAAAAAAAUUAGAAAGGUUGAAAGGUCGGGGGUACAGUAUAUAUGACGCAAAAUUUGAUAGACAAGAGAAUGAGUAUUUCAAGCAAUUCUAAUGUAGAUCGAAAUUUGUGUUCACAAUCCGAUGUUUGUGCUCAAAUAUGAACACAACACGAGAAGUAAUAUAUCAAACAUGAGACGCAGUGUUUCAUCACCAGAUGAAACACCGAGAAGAGAGUUGAAAAUACGACGCGUAGCGGAGUAUUUUUGACGAACUUCGAGGUGUUUCAUCUGGUGAUGAAACAGUGUCGAAUGUUUGAUAUUUCUUCUCAAACAAAAUCAUUUUUGAAGGAGAAAUUAAGAAUGCAAAAAUGAGCAGUUUUUCAUCCGAUAUCCAAACACUCAUUAAACAUUAAUUUCCUUUGAAUUUUCUUUAUGAAUUAUUAAUGAGUUUGAGAAGUAGUGUUUCAAGCACUUUCGAAACACCUAGAGGCUGAUCGAAAGUUGUAUUUACAAUCUCAUAUUUGUGCUCAAAUAUAAAGGCAACGAGAACUAAUGUUUGAAACCAUUUCUAAACCCUUUGAAGCGAGUUGAAAUAGCAAGACAGCUUCCAAGGUUUUUCAGUAUCUGACGCAUGGAAUACUAUUCCAAUUGUUUGAUUAAUCGAUUAACUAUCCGUCAAUUAAAAAGGUGUAUAAAGACAAGAGAGAAGAAAAUAAAAUAUUGCUAUGUAGACUUUGGUCCCGACCACACUAAUGCGUUUUCGUUCGCAAAC